GGUUGGUCUUGGUGAGCUUCCUAUGGGUGAGGGGGACAUGCAGUUGCCCAUCGGACCGCGAGGUAGCCGGUGGAGAGUUGACAUGGGCCACAAGGUCGUCUCGACCCACGUAGUGGUUGUUUAUAGAGACCAGCUGGACCGGAUGAUCGAGGGCGAGUUUAUCUGGCAGCCUUACGCUGGGGUCCUCGGUACGCUCCCCGACUACUGCCGACUGGGUCAGGAGAUAUGGAUGGCGAGAGUGCCACUUAUUUGUUUUGACGUGGUUGAGUGGCAUCUCCCCCAUCGUGUCCUCCGACAGUUUGGUCGGGUGCAGUCCGUGCCAGAUCGGUUCGACACUGAGUGGCAGUUGCACGUCACUGAUAGGCGUGGCCGAGUUGGCACUGACUGGCAUCUGUUUUAUAUACCCUAUAUACAGUUGUGGGAUGCCCGCCGGGACAGUAUUGUACAGGCUGACUACAGCGAUGAGGUGAUCCCCUCUUCUGACCCUUACAUGUUGUGGUAUCGGCGACAUACACACCUACUUGUCGGGAAUCCGAGCCACGUGUCUGAGUCUGGAUAUCAAGGAGUUGGGCCUUAUCUUGAGGCAUUGGUGAGUAUCAUAUUACGUGUUAGAUAAUUAUUAAAAUCAUACUUGAUUUACUUUCAGUCAACUGUAGCCUAAUAAUACGUCUGAAUGUUUGUUUAGGUGGCUGGAGCUGGGAGGUCGUUUCACUUGGCUGAGGACGCCCAUUUGAGACGUGAUGGACAGCAUGCCUUGCAGGCCGUUGUAGAGAUUCGAGAGUUAUUGUACCAGGCAUUCCAGUUUGCCCAUCGGGGAGAUCGUUUGCAUUAUGGCCACUACGGUGUACACACUUCAGCAGCUGCUCCAGACACAUCAGCGUCGUCCACGUCAGUGCCUUCCACUUCAGCGCCUGCCACAUCAGCUCCUUUGACAUCAGUCACCCCACCACAUACUACCCCAUACAUAUCUGCAGAUUCCCUCAAUGUACUUCCUACGUAGCAUACUGGCAUACCUUAUGUGCCUGACCCUGAUUGGACACCGCCCCGAUACAUGCAUGACGUUGUUACCCCACCCACCCAGUUACCACCACCAGACAGUUCGACCGCGACCAUGAGUACACAUGAUGCAGUUCUCACUGACAUCUCCCACGUUGACGCUGAGGCCCAUAUUGAGCCCCCACCCAAAGCGCGCGGGAAAGGCCGAGGUUUUGGUCGUGGCGGACGUCGCGGCCGAGGUCGGGGUGCGGACAGAGGCAGAGAUCGAGCUCCAACUGCAGAUCGUGAUACAGUUGCACCAGAUGAUGGAGUUUCACAGCUCACAGCAGUAUCCGAUCUUCCGCCACAGACAAGAUCAGGGCAGCACAUGCAGUAGAGGGGGGGUCACACUCACAGGCUCCACAGGAUACGCAUUUACGAUUUAGGGAGUCAGAUAUUCAGAAAGUCUACCGCAGGAGACCGA